UUGAGCAGAUUUAACCACAGUUCUAUACACUUGUACAGAAGCGUUUAUUUCAAGGAAGGUAGAUUUGAGCAGAUUUAACCAGUUCUAUACACUUGUACAGAAGCGUUUAUUUCAAGGAAGGUAGAUUUGAGCAGAUUUAAGCACAGUUCUAUACACUUUACAGAAAAGUUGACUUCAUGGAAGGGUCGGAGAGAAGAAAACUGUAAACAAAAUGGCGUUCUUUGAGUUUGAUUUCUGAAGUUACCAGCAAGGUGAUGGCCUUCAACAAAUAUGCUAUUCAACAUUGGCAGGAUGCUUGCUGUCUUUUGGAUAGACAGAACUACAGAGAAGCUUCUAGAAAGCUGCUAGAAAUAGAGAAGCCUUCUGCAAAAAUUCUCUUCAAUCUUGGUUGUAUUUGUAUGCUAGAGGGCUCAUACAGUGAGGCUAUAGAGUAUUUCACAAAGAGCAUCAACCAAGACAGGUACCUGGCCAUCUCUUACUUUCAAAGAGGUGUCUGCCAUCACCAUUUGGGCAGAUAUGACUGUGCAAAAGAUGACUUGACAUCAGUCAUGUUGAGUUACUCCACAGAGGGGGAGACGUGUGACAGCAUCAACUACCAGCAGCUGGGGGCGGCCAUUGCUUUAUCACGGCACACAGUGGAAGAUUGCCUGGCUGUGACUGAACAGUGCUACACACUUAAGAGAGCUCUACAUCUUCCUAGUGUGCCAGUUGUUGACUGUGUCUUCAGACCUGCCAAAAAGCUGGUCGCUAAUUUAGGAAAACAAGACUACCUGGGGAGUGCCCAGGUGAUUUCUUCUGUUGAAAAUGAGGUUGUGAUGGAGCAUAGAGAGAUAGCCAAUGCUAAACUCAAGUCACCUCAGACAGCCAGAUGUGAUUUGGUCGGACAAGGAAAAGACUUGGACCUCCCUGCCACACCCAAUCGUCCCCCUCCACGGUUACCUGCUAAAGCCUCUCUGUGUCCAACAGGCAAUGACGGAUCCACUCCUGACCACACCUGUGGUCCAGUCUUACCUGCAGGACCAGGUAGGCUUGGGCUGACAGUUACAGCCCACAAGCCCAUUCUGUCACAUGUCACAGCUUUACCAAAGUCUAGAGACCAGAGUCCAUCUUGUGUCCAGGCACCAAAUUCUAGAUCCCAAAGUCCAUCUUAUUUACAUGUCCAGGCACCAAAUUCCAGAUCCCAGAGUCCAUCUUGUGUCCAGGCACCAAAUUCCAGGUCGCAAAGUCCAUCAAAUUUACAUAUCCAGGCACAAGGUUUCAGGUCCCAGAGUCCAUCUUGUCCAAAGGUCCCAACUCAGAAAACAGAAACUCCCACUUUAAACACAAGUGACCUUUCAUCUUUGACCAGUGACAGAGGUCAGCCUAAUGUUCAAGGGGUCACUUCCCCACUCAAAACAAAUAUUCCCCCUCCCUCCCGUCCCCCACCCAGAUUAAAGAAAUAACCCAAUGUUUCUUCUGAUCAUACAACGGGCUAUAAUGGUACAUUUAUCUUAUAAUUCCAUCUAGAGAACCACAUUUAUCCACUAUCUAUACAAGUUUUAAGUAGCCCUGGAUCCUUCUCCUUUGUCUUUCAUGGUUUCUUCUGGUGUUUUCAUAUAGCAACCCACAUUGCUUUCAUCAUCUCUAGUUGUGUUUUCUUCAAGUCUUUCUUGUACCACCAUUUGUGUUUUUAUUAAAUGUUUUGUAAAAUGUCAAAUAAGAAAGAUAUAUUUACAUGCUUUAAAAUAUGCACUAUAUAUUAAAAAUAUAAUGUGACGUUAUAUAGAAAUAUAUAGAUUACUAAUUAGUACUUCAUGAAUCAAUCUUUAAUUGAUUUGUAAUAAAUGAAUUCAACAUCUAAUUGGGUGAAAGAUCAUGUUACCUUGCACUAUAAUCAGAGUGGGACCUGUGUUAAGUAUAAAUUAUAUCUAUGAGGUGGGUGACCUGUGUUAAGUUUAAAUUAUAUCUAUGAGGUGGGUGACAUUUUGAUUUCAAGCUUUCACCCGUGACUAAUAAGAUUUCAAAAGCUUGUAAAAAAAAAGAAUUGUUGUAAUAGAAUAAAAAAAAUAACCAUAUUUUCUUGAUGAAAUGUCUAGAUGUGUUAGAAAUUUUUUUAAUGUGUGGGCAACAAUAAUUUUAUGACUGUUGGUUGGUUCAACAAGCUAAUUAUGUGUAACGAUGCUUUUAAAUUUCCCUUUUUACUUUAUGUACAGUAUUUUAAAUGUAUUUCCAGUUUCCAGUAUUAUCUAUAUACAUUUCAAACCACUAUCUCCCACAAACAAUACAUGUAUUAUGUUGUUAUAACCAGCUAAUAUGGAUAUACAAUAGAUGUUAUUGUUGUGUGCAACUCACCAAAGGCUUAAAACUUGUGUUGACUUCGUGAUACAAGUGAUUUUGUUUAUUAUGUGAUAUAUUUACUUUUUGUAUAUAUUUUGUAUAUAUUUAUAUAUACU